AUGGCCAAAGUGAUUGCUCGAACUGCAUCGCGAAAGGCCACAAAUGCGUCUACAUUCCUAGCAGACGCGGCGGACCGCGGUAUAGCAGAAAAUUCGCCAACGCUGUCGACUCGUUUGAUGGAAAAGGCGAAAUUGGGGGAGUUCUGGAAGAACGAAGCUCAUCGAACUCUGAUGGAGACGGUACGACUUAUGUGUGCGCCGGUUGUGGGAAAACGCAUGAGUGCGCCGGGAGCCGGACUGCGCAGUAUCGACACACCAAUGGAGGAGAUCGAAUCCAUCUUUGACUCUGUGUUUGCUCCUAGCCCAGGAGAAGCAGCACAGGAGCUGGAUACUUUUUUGGUGUCAGAGCUAGUCCAACUGUAUGGAAGUGAUGAGGAUAUACUAGAUGCCUACUACGUCUUCAUCCAUCCUUAUCACCCCGUUCUACCUCCACCCGAACGUUUGCCCGUAUAUAACCGCCCCUUGUCUCAGCGGCUAGAGUUUCGGCCAUCAAGUCCGCUCAGUCUAGCUAUCUCUGCCCUUCUGGUACUCAUUCCACAUCCGAACGAGUCAGAUCCAUUGAGAGCAGAGUAUGUGAAGCUCCGUAGGAGCUUUGCGCAGACUUUCGCUCGAGAUGCUCUGGACGCUGUAGAGCUUGAUGCCAGUCCGCUAAACCCAUCGAAUAGUGCUCUCAGUAUGGAUAGAGCACAGUUUCAUCCGAAGUUGCCUUUGUAUUUAGAAGGCAUCCUAGCUCUGAAUCUUCUGAGUGUCUAUGAGUAUGCACAGCGAGGGAGUUUAUGCACAAUGAGCGAUCGAGCCAAUGAGGCACUGACAUCAGCGAUGAAAAUGUCGUUGCAUGAGUCUCUUGAGGAGGACGAAUACGCGGAAGCCAGGCGGAGGACCUGGUGGAUGACGGGAUGGAAGGUCCCUGUCGAGGCGCAACAGACGCUUCUUGAGACUGUCGCGUUCAUGACCGACCUUGAGCGAACGAAGACUUCCGGUGAAGGUGACAUUGGGAUUCGGAAGCGAAUGUUGGGUCUUGAUUCCCAGAUUGGAUCAUUGUUAUUUCUAUGCAGAGACACGCGGUCUGCCCCCAAGAUCGUUCCAACCCGGGUGGAAUCUCCGGAGGUCGCGGCCUCCCAGAUCAUGAUCACUAUUGCAGAAAUCCGAUUGCACACACUUUGUGCUUUCCAAGACAUUCCCAGUUUCCAUCAACGGCAGUACGAAUUCGGACCAUCUCCGACUGUAUCUGAAUCUGAGACCCAGCCCGAGUCGCCUUCUGCUGGUGAAGCAGAAAGCACCCAGCCUUCAACGCCUUCAUCAAGCUCCCCUUUGCAUUUUCCUUUCUCCUCGCAGGAGUCCUCAAAAAUCUGCUUCCACGGCGCCCUUAACAUCGUCACCUUACUGAACAAUCUUCCCUUCCCUAACCCGACCAACGAGAUCCCGCUCAACAGCCCACCAUAUCUCUCCCAAACAACCCGCGUCGAGAUUCCACGGAGCAUACUCACCUUUGCUUGCUGUGGAAUGCAAUCCGGCUAUGUGAUGUUGAUGCUUUGUCUCAAGGCACGCGCUCUGCGCGAGCGCCAUAUGGAGGAGUCCAAUUUCGCAAACACUCCCUCUCUGACAGCUCUUUUGAAUGAUCUGCAUCAAAGCUUACGGCUGCUUGUCAAGUGUUUGAAUAACUGUGCGGUCGCAUUUGAGGCGCUUUCUGGGAUGAGAGGUACCCCGAUUCUUAUGUCUGAGAAUAACGUUGCCUUAUUUUGA